UUGAGCUUGUUUGUACCUUUAAAGCUUUUGUGUGUAAAGCUUUAGGCGCAAUUGUUCAGAGUAGGGUUUUGGCUGGGCUUUGGCUGCUAACUAAAAGAGAGAAAUUUGAUAUAAUUAAGUAAAAUGAUGAAUGCUUGGUUCAUGACCUGCUUUGCAGCUUCUCUGUUGCCUGUGUCAUAUGGCGCACCAAUAUCCAUGGCUUGGUGUUAUCACAUGCCAUCAUGUAGUGAUGUCGUUUGGCCCAUAAUCGCAGAAAAAAACUGUAAUGGAAUGCAACAGUCUCCAAUAGACAUCAUAACCAGCAAUGUCCAGGCAAAUGAUAAUCUGACCUCUUUCAUCUUCACUGGCUAUGAUGACGACACAACUUUGACUGGGAUUAAAAACACUGGCACCACAAUUAAAGUUACACUAGAUCAUGAGAAAAUGCAUGUGGAAGGAGGGGAUCUGCCAGGCUUGUUUGCCAGUACGCAGUUUCAUCUUCACUGGGGUAAUGGUAGUUUCAUGCCUGGAUCUGAACACACUGUGGAUGGAAAACAAUACCCUAUGGAGCUGCACAUCGUGAAUAAGUUUGUACAUAAUGGUUCAACUAUAUUGGCUGUUCUUGGUUUCUUCAUUGAGGCCACUUAUGACACGGGCAAACCAGAGAGCUGGAAGACCUUGACCUCUUACUUGUCAGAUAUCGCCAAUGCAGGUGAUAAAGCAUGCAUCACUCAAUCUAUCUCCAUGGAUGAUCUGCUUACUGGAGUGGACCGGACUAAAUAUUACCGUUAUCUUGGCUCUUUGACUAUACCAAACUGCAAAGAAGGUGUUAUUUGGACCGUCUUCAAAGACCCCAUCAAAGUCAGUUGGGAUUUGAUUGACCUGUUCAGUACAAGUGUUUACAUAAAGGCAGCCAACUCUCCCCUAAUGGUGGACACAUUCAGGAGUGUUCAACCGGUCAACGGCAGGAUUGUGACGUCACAGGUGGCUGGUACCAGAGCUAUUGGUCCUGUUUUCCAAACGGCAUCCGGUUUGGACUUUCUAGACCUCUCUUCUGAAAUUCAUACCCCUGAACCUUACAGUGAGUUUGAUUUAGAAACCGCAUACUGGUAGGAUUGAGUGGGAGGGUUGACAAUCAUCCUAAGUGACCUA